GCACCGUCUGGCUCGGUUGGGCCGGGGCGGGAGCGCAGCGCGGGACGGCAGGGCCUGCGGGCUGCCGACGGCGGCCUAGGUGGCCGGCAGGCCAUGCUGGUGUAUCUGCAAGCAUGAUGAAGAAACGGACAUCCCACAAAAAACAUCGGAGCAGUGUGGGGCCGAGCAAACCUGUUUCCCAGCCCCGGCAGAACAUCGUAGGCUGCAGGAUUCAGCAUGGGUGGAAAGAGGGGAAUGGCCCCAUCACCCAGUGGAAAGGAACCGUUCUGGACCAGGUGCCUGUAAAUCCUUCUUUGUAUCUUAUAAAAUACGAUGGAUUUGACUGUGUUUAUGGACUAGAACUUAAUAAAGAUGAAAGAGUUUCUGCGCUUGAAGUCCUCCCUGAUAGAGUUGCAACAUCUCGAAUCAGUGAUGCACACCUAGCCGACACAAUGAUUGGCAAAGCAGUGGAGCACAUGUUUGAGACCGAGGAUGGCUCUAAAGACGAGUGGAGGGGAAUGGUCUUAGCAUGUGCCCCUAUAAUGAACACAUGGUUUUACAUCACCUAUGAAAAAGAUCCUGUCUUAUACAUGUACCAGCUCUUAGAUGAUUAUAAAGAAGGUGACCUUCGCAUUAUGCCUGAUUCUAAUGAUUCACCUCCAGCAGAAAGGGAACCAGGAGAAGUUGUGGACAGCCUGGUAGGCAAACAAGUGGAAUAUGCCAAAGAAGAUGGCUCUAAAAGGACUGGCAUGGUCAUUCAUCAAGUAGAAGCCAAACCGUCUGCCUAUUUCAUCAAGUUUGAUGAUGAUUUCCAUAUUUAUGUCUACGAUUUGGUGAAAACAUCCUAGAUGUCAUCACGAACUUUGCCAAAUUUGUGGAACUAUUACAUGUAUAAUUUGUAGACAUAAAGACUUGAUUGCUUUCCAGUUUAAUGAAAGCUUAAAUGUCCCUGCGAACCCACAAUCUCUGCCAGCAGAACUGGUUUUGUUCUGAAUAGUACAGAUUUAUGUGAACACAAAGCAUUUUGUGUAAGGAACUCCUUCCUCUUAAAAGAAGUCUGUCUGUUUGGAAGGGAGUUACAGGCAAGUCUGGUAAAAGUUAAGCUAGUAUCAUAGUCAUUUAAAAC